GCGCAGCGCCGCGGCGAAGGCGCACCGGGAGCUCCAGGAUCUGCGCGGGCUCCCCGAGCUGUACGAGGCCGCGGUGAACUUUGGGCUCUACGGCCUGGCGCUCGCCGCCGCCGCCCUCGGCGCGUCGCAGCCGGAGCCGGGCGUGGUCUCCGGCCUCUGGGCCUGCCUCGUCUGCCUGCCCGCGGACGCGCCCUUCUUCGACCUGCAG